CACGGUUGGUCUGGAGGAAAAAAAGAAAAGAAAAAGACACGGUUGGUCUAGAGGAAUAACUAGCGGAAAGAGAAAAGGAGUCUUUUUUUUUAUUUUUUCUCUCUCCAAUCCCCAAAAACGCAGGAAAACAAUGUCGUUUAACAGCUCCCACCUCUUUCCUCCGCAGGAAGAGCUCCGACACUUCUCCGAUCAAUCACACCAACCACCGUCGCUUCUCAACCUCCCUCCCACCACCACAGCCACUUCAAACUCCGAUUUUACCCAUCCGCAUCGCAACGGAGACAGUCCCGCCGCCGCCGCUGCUGCUGCUACGAACCGACGGUGGCUCUCAUUCCACCACACGGAGAUCCAAAACACCGGUGAAGUGGAUCCUCCUGAAGUCAACGACGCCGCCGACGGUGAAACGAUACACGGAGGUGAAGAAGACUGGAGGAGGGCUAGCGAGAAAGGUGCGAUUUUGAAACAUCCAAUGUACGAGCAGCUCUUGGCAGCCCACGUGGCUUGCCUUAGGGUUGCUACUCCCGUUGACCAGAUUCCGAGGAUCGACGCGCAGCUCAGUCAAUUACACACCGUAGCUGCAAAGUACUCGUCUCUUGGUGUGGGUAUGGACAACAAGGAGCUUGAUCAUUUCAUGUCACAUUAUGUUGUGCUGUUAUGUUCUUUUAAAGAACAACUCCAACACCAUGUCUGUGUCCAUGCAUUAGAAGCGAUUACAGCUUGUUGGGAGAUCGAGCAGUCACUACAAUCCAUAACGGGAGUUUCACCAAGCGAAAGUAAUGGCAAGACAAUGUCUGAUGAUGAAGAAGAUGAUAACCAAGUAGAGAGCGAGGCGAACAUGUUCGAUGAGACCUUGGACGGUUCAGAUUGCAUGGUGGGAUUCGGUCCUCUUGUCCCAACCGAGCGCGAGAGAUCCUUGCUUGAACGUGUGAAGAAGGAACUGAAGCAUGAGCUUAAACAGGGUUUCAAAGAGAAGAUUGUGGACAUACGAGAAGAGAUAAUGAGGAAGAGAAGGGCUGGGAAGUUGCCUGGAGAUACAACCUCUGUACUCAAGGAGUGGUGGAGAACUCACGCCAAAUGGCCGUACCCAACUGAGGAAGAUAAGGCAAGGCUUGUUGAAGAAACAGGUUUACAGUUGAAGCAGAUUAACAAUUGGUUUAUCAACCAGAGGAAAAGAAACUGGAACAGCAACUCUUCCACAUCGUCUACACUCUCCAAGAACAAACGCAAACGGACUGAGAAGUCGUAGGUGACAUUCUGAUUGACCAGAGGAUGAUGCUUUCUUCUCCGGUUAUAUUAUGAUCCGUACAGAUUUACAAUAUGUAUAGGUGUUACCGUGUUUGCCUAAAAUUGGAUUGUAGAGCUUAUUCAUGUUUGAUCAGCUUAAAAAUCUAUGUUUAUAUGUGUAAAUUGCUAUGGUUCAAUUAGUAGUAUUUUUUUUUGUCACAAAGGUUCA